AUGGCGGCCGCCCUGAGCGACACCGCGCCCACCACCACCACCACCACCACCACCACCCACACUGCAGGUAAUCACUGUCAAUGGCUCGGCCAGCGAGCUGUCCGUGUUCUGCUGGUGAUGGCGGCCGCCCUGAGCGACACCGCGCCCACCACCACCACCACCACCACCACCCACACUGCAGGUAAUCACUGUCAAUGGCUCGGCCAGCGAGCUGUCCGUGUUCUGCUGGUGAUGGCGGCCGCCCUGAGCGACACCGCGCCCACCACCACCACCACCACCACCACCCACACUGCAGGUAAUCACUGUCAAUGGCUCGGCCAGCGAGCUGUCCGUGUUCUGCUGGUGAUGGCGGCCCUGAGCGACACCGCGCCCACCACCACCACCACCACCACCACCCACACUGCAGGUAAUCACUGUCAAUGGCUCGGCCAGCGAGCUGUCCGUGUUCUGCUGGUGAUGGCGGCCGCCCUGAGCGACACCGCGCCCACCACCACCACCACCACCACCACCCACACUGCAGGUAAUCACUGUCAAUGGCUCGGCCAGCGAGCUGUCCGUGUUCUGCUGGUGAUGGCGGCCGCCCUGAGCGACACCGCGCCCACCACCACCACCACCACCACCACCCACACUGCAGGUAAUCACUGUCAAUGGCUCGGCCAGCGAGCUGUCCGUGUUCUGCUGGUGAUGGCGGCCGCCCUGAGCGACACCGCGCCCACCACCCACCACCACCACCACCCACACUGCAGACUGUGUAGGCGAGGCGGCACGGCGGGCGACAGCUGUCGUACUUACGUCCUCGCUUAACUAUCUAUGUGUUGUAGUGACGUUU